AUGUUCAAAUUCUUGAAAGAGGUGGUGGCUGGAUCUGGCAUCGGCCUCAAAGAUCUCCCAUACAAUAUCGGUGAACCUUACGCUUCUGCCUGGGGAUCGUGGCUUCAUUUUCGCGGCACCUCCAAGGAUGAUGGUUCUCCAGUGUCAAUAUUUUCUCUUUCUGGCAGCAAUGCUCAGGAUGGACAUUUAGCUGCGGGACGUAAUGGUGUUAAGCGUCUACGCACUGUUAGGCAUCCGAAUAUUCUGUCUUUUCUUCACAGCACCGAGAUUGAAACUGUUGAUGCUGGUUCUCCCAAGGUUACAAUUUAUGUGGUAACCGAGCCUGUGAUGCCGCUGUCAGAUAAGAUUAAGGAGCUAGGUCUUGAAGGUACACAAAGGGAUGAAUAUUAUGCUUGGGGCCUGCAUCAGAUAGCAAAAGCUGUGAGCUUCUUAAAUAACGAUUGUAAACUCGUUCAUGCUAAUGUUUGCUUGGCAAGUGUUGUUGUCACACAAACUUUAGACUGGAAACUCCAUGCUUUUGAUGUUCUCUCUGAGUUUGAUGGGAAUAACGAAACUUCCUCUGGGCAAAUGCUGGUCACGAUGGCCUUACACUUUGGCAGACCCAAGGUGAUAGGGAGGACCUUGCAAGGAUUUCAAUAUGCAUGGCUUGUGGGAUCACAAUACAAACCAAUGGAACUAGCAAAAUCUGACUGGGCUGCGAUUAAGAAGUCUCCUCCUUGGGCCAUUGAUUCUUGGGGCAUGGGUUGUCUAAUCUAUGAGCUAUUCUCUGGUAUAAAGUUGGGCAAAACAGAGGAGUUACGCAACACUGUCUCCAUUCCCAAGGUCAUCUUGCUUAGCAAUUUAGUGUUGUCUCUGCUUCCAGAUUACCAGCGGCUGCUGAGUUCUGUGCCCUCUCGUAGACUAAAUACAUCAAAGCUUAUAGAAAACAGCGAUUUAGGACUUAGGAGGGCAUUCUUCUGCUUCAUGAUCAGUUUGAAAGAUAGUGUUGAGAAAGACACCUUCUUCCGCAAGCUUCCAAAUUUGUCAGAGCAGCUUCCUCAGCAGAUUGUGUUGAAAAAAUUACUUCCUUUAUUAGCUUCUGCACUUGAAUAUGGUUCAGCUUCUGCGCCUGCUUUGACUGCAUUGUUGAAAAUGGGUUCUGGGCUUUCAGCCGAGGAGUUCCGUGUCAAGGUGCUUCCAACCAUUGUUAAGCUUUUUGCAUCCAAUGACCGAGCUAUUCGAGUUGGACUUCUUCAACAUAUUGAUCAAUAUGGGGAGUCAUUAUCAGCACAAGUCGUUGACGAGCAGGUUUACCCUCAUGUUGCUACGGGGUUCUCUGAUACAUCUGCUUUUCUAAGGGAACUUACACUCAAGUCCAUGCUAAUUCUGGCUCCAAAGGCAAUCAAAAUUUGCUAUGACAGUUAUAUUGCUGGUGCCAAUUUUUUGGUGUUUGCACGGUAUGUUUGGCCUGUUGUCUCAAAGGACCUUUUCAGGGUCAUUGUUAAAGCAUAUGUCAAGGUUACAGGUAGUGCUUCGACCAUUAAUGUUGAUGAAGAACCAGCUAUACGAACAAAUACUACCAUCUUGUUGGGAAAUAUUGCAAACUACUUAAAUGAAGGGACAAGAAAACGAGUGUUGAUUAAUGCAUUUACAGUCCGUGCAUUACGUGAUACCUUUUCACCUGCCAGAGCAGCAGGCAUUAUGGCUUUAUGUGCCACCAGUUCCUACUAUGACAUCACUGAAAUUGCAACUCGGAUUCUUCCUAAUAUUGUUGUACUCACAAUUGAUCCUGACAGUGAUGUGCGAUCUAAGGCAUUUCAAGCUGUUGAUCAAUUUUUGCAGAUAGCGAAGCAAUAUUAUGAAAAGACAAAUACAGAAGAGGCUACUGAAGGAAUGAGCAUGGGAAUCUCUUCAAUUCCAGGAAAUGCUGGUUUACUUGGAUGGGCUAUGAGUUCCUUGACUCUGAAGGGUAAACCUUCUGAUCAUGCUCCGGUUGCUUCUGUGAGUUCUACUGCACUUACUCCGAUGUCUGCUAAUUCCAACUCAGAUACCCCUUCAACAGCACCUGUUCGUGUAAGGUCUGCGCCAGAUUUUUCUGAGCAACCUGUCCCUACAUCCCCAACAUCAACAGAUGGCUGGGGAGAACUAGAGAACGGACUCGACGAGGAGCAUGAAAAUGACAAGGAUGGGUGGGAUGAUCUGGAACCACUUGAAGAAAUGAAACCAACUCCAGCUCUUGCAAACAUUCAAGCAGCUCAAAGGCGGCCAGUUUCUCAACCUGUUUUGCAGACAAAGCAAGUAUCAAGUUUGCAAUCGAAAAGUACAUCAAAGUUGAGCAAGGACGAAGAUGAUGAUUUGUGGGGUUCCAUCGCAGCUCCUGCUCCAAAAACAUCAAAACCUUUAAAUUUGAAAACAACUGUAACUGAUGAUGAUGAUCCUUGGGCUGCUAUCGCUGCUCCUGCACCCACUACGAAGGCCAAGCCCUUAUCAACUGGCAGAGGGCGGGGUGCUAAACCAGCUGCUCCAAGGUUAGGUGCUCAGCGGAUAAACCGGACUUCUUCAUCCGGGAUGUAG